CGGUGCCAGCCUGUCCCGCUCUGCCUCCCUGACUGCACUGACCCUCGGCGUGCUGGCAUCCUCAGCUUGCCCAGGCUUACGUCUCCGCCGUCCCCCGCGCCCCCUCCGUCCUUCCACCCUCCUCUCCCGCUCGCCCGGGCUCCCCCGCACUGGAGCUGGGAGGCUGCAAGUCCAGCCGUCUAAGUGCGAACAGCUCGGGCUGAGGCAGCUGAAGCCGAGCCGAGAACUUAGCGGCCGCAGGUUGGGGCGGUGCGGCGGGAGUUUCACCACCAGCCAGGAGGUGCCGAGCAGCAUGGCCGGGAGAAGCCCCUUCUCCGCCGCCGCGUUCCGGCUCUGGAGCAUCCUCCCGUGCCUGCUGGCGCUGCGGGCAGAGACCGGGCAGCCACGAGAGGAGAGCCUGUACCUGUGGAUCGAUGCCCACCAGGCGAGAGUGCUCAUAGGAUUUGAAGAAGAUAUCCUGAUCGUUUCAGAGGGAAAAAUGGCCCCCUUUACACAUGAUUUCAGAAAAGCACAGCAGAGAAUGCCGGCUAUUCCUGUCAAUAUUCACUCCAUGAAUUUCACCUGGCAAGCUGCUGGGCAGGCAGAAUACUUCUAUGAAUUCCUGUCCCUGCGCUCCCUGGAUAAAGGCAUCAUGGCAGAUCCAACUGUCAACGUCCCUCUGCUGGGAACAGUGCCUCAUAAGGCAUCAGUUGUUCAAGUUGGCUUCCCAUGUCUUGGAAAACAAGAUGGGGUGGCAGCAUUUGAAGUGAAUGUGAUUGUAAUGAAUUCUGAAGGCAACACCAUCCUCCAGACACCUCAAAAUGCUAUUUUCUUUAAAACAUGCCAACAAGCUGAGUGCCCAGGAGGAUGCCGAAAUGGAGGCUUUUGCAAUGAAAGGCGCAUCUGCCAGUGUCCUGAUGGGUUCCACGGACCUCACUGCGAGAAAGCCCUUUGCACACCACGAUGUAUGAACGGCGGACUUUGUGUGACUCCCGGUUUCUGCAUCUGCCCACCUGGAUUCUAUGGAGUCAACUGUGACAAAGCAAACUGCUCGACUACCUGCUUUAAUGGAGGGACUUGUUUCUACCCUGGAAAAUGUAUUUGCCCACCAGGACUAGAGGGAGAGCAAUGUGAAAUCAGCAAAUGCCCACAUCCCUGUCGAAAUGGAGGCAAAUGCAUUGGCAAAAGCAAGUGCAAGUGUUCCAAAGGUUACCAAGGAGACCUCUGUUCAAAGCCCGUCUGCGAGCCUGGCUGUGGUGCACAUGGAACGUGCCAUGAACCCAACAAAUGCCAAUGUCAAGAAGGCUGGCACGGCAGACACUGCAAUAAAAGGUAUGGAGCCAGCCUCAUGCAUGCCCUGAGGCCAGCAGGCACCCGGCUCAGGCAGCACACGCCUUCACUUAAAAAGGUCGGGGAACAGCAGGAUCCACCGGAAUCCAAUUACAUCUGGUGAACUCCGACAUCUGAAACGUUUUAAGUUACACCAAGUUCAUAGCCUUUGUUAACCUUUCAUGUGUUGAAUGUUCAAAUAAUGUUCAUUACACUUAAGAAUACUGGCUUGAAUUUUAUUAGCUUCAUUAUAAAUCACUGAGCUGAUAUUUACUCUUCCUUUUAAGUUUUCUAAGUAUGUCUGUAGCAUGAUGAUAUAGAUUUUCUUGAUUCAGUGCUUUGGAACAGAUUUUACAUUAUGUCAGUUGAUCGGGUUGAAAUUUUGUCUUUUCGGUGUGUAGUUGGCAGAUAUUUUCAAAAUUACAAGGCAUUCAUGGUGUCAAGAGGCUGGGGAAUAUUAGAGGUUAAACUGGGCAAAAAUGCAAAAAUCACAAGGGUUUGGAUAAAGCAGUUAACAGUGUUAAAGUUACCACUUCUCGGAUUUUAUAGUCUUGUGUUUGGACAUUGGUCACAUGUUUUAAUUGCCCCUAUAUUAAACUCUCAUACAAUAUAUUCUGACCUUACCAUAUUCUAUAGAGUUCAGUACUGAGGGAAAAAAAUCCAAAAAACUACACUGUCGUAGUGGCACUUAAACAAUAUAAUAUAUAUUGUAAACACAAUGAAAUAGGGAAUAUAGUGUAUGAACUUUUUGCAUUGGCUUGAAGCAAUAUAAUAUAUUGUAAACAAAACACAGCUCUUACAUAAUAAACAUUUUAUACUGUUCGUAUGUAUAAAAUAA